AUGACGGACCACGGGAGCGAUAGGGACGUCUCAAAUCACGAUGAUGACGUUAUCAUGGCUCCUGAUCCGCGCUCACCUUACACUCAAUGUUUCCCUAUUCCCCUCUCCAUCCCCCUGUUCUCUUCCGUCCCCCUCUUCGCACUCCCCCAGCUCGCGUACAUCCUUCCCCCUUCCCGUGAGGACCAACCCACCCCAGAUACCACCUCCACCUCUCCCUCCUCCCCUCCCUACCUCCUCCUCGUCGCCCCAGGCGGUUUCAUCCCCGCGCUCUCCUACCUCCCUCUCAUCCGCGCUAUAAGAUCCACCACUCCCCCGUCUGUGCGCAAGCGCCUGUGGGUGGCUGUACUGAACGAGGUCACACUUCUGGACCAGGAGAAAGGGAGGAUGUGGGCUCGGGACGGGUAUGAGGCGGCAGUGAAAGCGGUCAAGGAGAUGGGCGCGGAUGUGACUAAUGCGGGCGGCACGUCGCGGGUGUUUGUGCUGGGACACAGCAUCGGAGCCUUCCUCAUGACAGCAGUGGUGCGGGAGAAAUGCCUGGCGCUCAUCAGCAUCGGCUCCUCACACAACAACCUAGAGACCUCCUUCCUGCAAUUCCCAAGGCCAACGCUCAACAUCCUCGGAGACAGGGACGGCCAGGCUCCCCCCAUCGCCAUGGCGCUAGCAGUCAAGGAGCUUGACCCUGGAUCCUCAGGUGUUUCCUCAGGUGAAUUUUCAGGUAAUUCUUCAGGUGGUUCUUCUGUUGCUGCUGCUGCACCUGGCAGUGCGACAGCAGCAGCGCUGGGGCCACUGCUGUCCAUUGUCCAGAAGCCAGUUGUGAUUAUAAAGGGGAUGAAUCACGCACAGGGGGGGAACGGGGUGGUGAACAAACAGAGGGGGGACCUGGAGGCGUCUCGACCAAUAGAGGAGGUGCGGGAGGAGAUUGGACGGCUGGUUUCGGCUUUUAUGCUUCUUCACCUGCACUCGGACAGUGGCUGGGCGCCGUUGCUUCUGGCGGGACAGGAGGGGUUGCGUAAAAGAAUGGCAGGGGCGGAAGGGGCAAGGGGAGGAGUGGGAGGGGACGGAGGGGAGGAGGAGUGCGUGGAUGAGGCACAGGAGAGUGCGGUGAAGGUGCUGCAGGGGGCGGUGGAAUGGUCGUUGGAGUACCUGCGACCAGUGUGGAAGGCCCUGGAGAUGGAACGGGAGGAGCCUCAGCACGUGCUGGACAUCAUUCUCUCCCACGCAGGCCUAUCCACCUCGCUCCCCUCACACACCAUCUUCCAUGCCUUCAUGCCCGACUUUCUGCGCUCCAAGCCCGACCUCCUCACGUCCACUGGGGGCUCCUCCCAAGCAGACUCCUCUGCUCCCACUGUGCUGCAGUCUGCAUGGCUGCAGUCGCAGGGUAAGUUCUGGCCGUGCCAGCCGCACACCCUGUGGGUCAAGUGCAAGAGCGCCGCUGCUAUUAAGGAGGCUCUUGGCUUGCAGCUUGCGGGAGCAGGGGAAGACACAGGAAUGAUGGCGGUGGCUCCAGGAGCAACAGCUGGAGCAGCAGGUGAGGGAACGCCCUCUCUUGGAGCUGCGUUGUCGGCAUGGGCGGCAGUGGCGCCAAUGGAAGUGCGCCACGUGGCAGCGGCGAUCAACGAGGCGGCAAUCCAGCGGGCUCUGGAGAUGGUCCACCCGUUUGCUAGAGAGAGGUAUGAGAGAGAGGGGAAGAAGGUGGUAUUUGGGGAGGAUAAGAUCGUGCCGAUCGAUGAGUGGAUCAAAUCUGAUGUGGAGUGGUUACCUAAGGAGGGCUUGAAGGAAAGAGAUGCGGAGGAUGAUAAGGAAGGAGUAAUUGGAGAAAGAGGGGUUGUGGUGGUGAGGUCGCCUGUUUUGAUUACUGCUGAUGAGAUUCUUCCCGCGGAGCUGAAGGGGAGGUUUGGGGGAAUGCACUAUGUGAAGGUGAUAACUGAAGCUCGUGCCAUGCAGUGGAUUAUGCUUGAUGCCUUAAGCUACCCUGCGUGUGCGCGCUGCACGCGCUCGCUGUCGGAGUACACGGUGCAGGGCCAGCAGGUCGCCACGUGGCGUCCGUGGCCGUGCAGCGAGUGCCAGCUGUCAGACCGCUCCGCGAAGCCGCUAGAGACCAUCAAGCGGCAGACACACCUGUUCAAGCUCAAGCUGCUGCUGGUUCUACCAGGGGAGUCCCACCCAGUGUCCGGUGUGGCGUUUGACAAGGCAGCUCAGCCCCUCAUAGGCUGCACCGGAUCCCAGUGGACUGCCUUUACUCGCAAAUACCCCCAUGCAGCAUGUGUGUUGUCGGAGCUGCUGUGUGGCAUGGCAUGCUGCGUGCAGAUGAGGGACGCCGUGCGGGGCACAGGCCACGAGACCAGGCUCACUCGCAUCGUCCCACUCCCCCUCUCACACUCACCACACUCCCCUGCUCUCCCAUCACACUCUCUCUCACACACCACUGAAGCGUCUAGGGUGCCGUCGCCUUUUGCGCAGCUCCAGCUGCUGUUUGGGGAGGCCGAGCAGGGUGGAUGGGGCUAG